AUGUUAAAACAUUUAAAUCCCCGACGAAUUCAGCAAGGAAUUGACCAAAAGAUAUCAAUAAAAACCUUUCCUGGAGCUGGUGUUGACGAAAUGACCCACUAUGUUAAACCGACGCUCCAAAAGAAACCAAAGCAUAUUAUCCUGCACAUAGGUACCAAUGACCUGCAAACGAAAUCGCCAGAUGCGUUAAUUAAAGCUGUGACAAAACUUGGAGAGGCUAUAACGCAAGAAAUAAGUGGUAUUGAACUUACGCUGUCGGAAGUCAUCACAAGAACCGACGAUUUGCAACUUGCUGAUAAG